CUAUCUGAAUAAUGUCCUAAUAUGACUUAAUUAUAGAAAGAAUCAUUACCCAUUCUGGAUGCUUUUAUGAAAUGGAAGAAAAAACACAGAAAGUGUUAUUCUUUGCACUUUCACUCUCUAAUUAAUUUCAUCAAAAGUCUUUAGAAGAUGAGAUAAAUAAUAAAACAACAAUAUAAAAAACAAAAUUGCUUAGGCAUUACCUAAAUUGUCUAGAUCUAAAUAAAAAAUAUUAUAUUUUUGAUUUUAUAAAAGGACAUCCAAUAUCAAAAGUAAUUCAAAUAUAUGGAGCAAAACGAGAAUCCAUACCGAUAGAGAAAAUUCAUCAUUAUUUGAGAUAAUUGCUUGAAGCUUUGCAUCAAUUACAUAAAUUAAACAUUCUAGGAAGAGUUUUCUCAACAGAAAAUAUUAUUGAACUUUAAGAUAAUAGUAUCACAUUGAUGGAUUUUGGAUUUGGGCCAGAAUUAAGGCAACCUCAAUUUAAUCUACUAGCUCCCCCUGAAGUUAUCUAAAGCUUAGAAGAUAACAGUAACAUAUAAUUAUUUAUCUAGUUGGUUAGGGAAUAAAAUAUGGUAUUGAAAUAGAUUUAUGGUUAUUAGGAGCAUUCCUAUUCCAUCUUGUUACUUUAAAACCAAUAAAUUUGGUUAAAGAAAAUAAUCAACUAAAAUCAGAUACAUAUUCACAAAUAAAGCAUUAUAAUUCUUUUCUUUAGAAGCAAAAAAAAAAUUAUAAAAAUAUCAAAGUGGAAUCUUGUUAUCCAAUAGAAUUAAACCAAUUUAUAGAGUCUUUAUUAAGAUAUGAUUCAAAUGAAAGGUUGUCUUUCUUAAACGUCUAUUAAUCUUCAUAUAUCCAGAAAGAAUUGAGAUUGAGAAAUUGUGAUGAGUUGAUAUAAUUUUAUUAGAAACUAAAUUUAACUCCUAUUUAAGAAAAGAUUUUGCUUAGGGAUGGAGUUGAUUCGAAUAAAUUUCUUUAAACUAGUGAUUUACAACAAAUUUCAGAUAAUAAAUCCCUUCAAUAAGAAGAACAAACUUCAAAUCUUGAUCAGAAAUUAAAGUAUUUUGAAACUAUAUUGUAGAAUUCCUCUCAAUCUUCAAUUUGAUAGUGUUGUUUCACAAAAUAAGGAUUAAAAUGAUCAAAUAAAUAUCAAUGCAUUAAAGCUUCCAUUAAAAAUGUAAAAUGAAAUUGGGGUAUAUUAUUAAUUAAUCAUAGGGUAAAUUUGAAAGGAUAUUUAAUAUCAUUAAUUUGGAAUAAUUUAGAUUUGUCAUUUUAAUAAAUACUGCUGAGGAGGUUGUUUUUUUAUUAUCUAAUAAAUAAUUUGGUUAAAUAAAUUAUAUAGAAUAUGUUUUUAAAAAGAUGGCAUACCUUUUAAUGAUUGAAAUAGUUGAAAAAUUAAAUUCCUAAAACAGUUAGUGGAUUAUUAAUUAGGAAGAAUGGUCAGCUUUUUAACAACUUGAUACAAAGCUAACUUUAAUACAGAAGAUAAAUUCAAAUAUUAAGGAGAUUUUAAUACAACUGAAAAAUCUGCAUGAAAUUUGUUAUAAGGCUUUAACAUAAGAUUAACUAAUCGACGAAAACAUAAGACAAUCUGUGGAAUAAGAUAAACAUAUGUUCUUAAACAACAAAUCAUUAGAUAGCAAUAUUUUUGGUUGUACUUCAUCCGAAUUUUUAAAGAAAGGCUUCAGAAAUAUGACUUAAUAUUUAUACAAUUAUUUAGUUUCAAAUAAAUUUGAUGAAAUGAGAACUAAAUGGUAUGGGCUGAUCUUAAAGACUCUCCUAUGUCAUUUAAUCAAUCGCAUAUUUGACUAUAGUUAAAUUAACACUCAAUUUAAGAAUAUUAAAUCAGAUUACAAUAGUGAUGUAACCCCAGAUAAAAUCUUUGAAUUCAUUGAAUCGCAAGAUAAUGAUGAUUUAAAAAUCAUCGAGAUUUAAUUUUUAGUAAGAAAAUAUUUUUCAAAUCCAACUAACAAUUGA